UCCAAGCGAAUUUGUUAAGCUAGUAACAUCAUGGCAAUUGCAUCCUUACAUGUCUUUCUCCUUCCUUCAUGUUCAUUAAUCAUGAUCAUUUUGAUGAUUUUUAUCGGUUUCAAAUGGAUUUCGUUUCGUUCUAAACCCCGAAAAACCCAACCACCAUCUCCACCAAAGCUUCCAAUCAUCGGAAACUUGCACCAACUAGGCUCAAACCCUCAUCGCUCUCUCCAUGCCUUGUCCCAAAAACACGGUCCAAUCAUGUUCCUUCACUUUGGUAGUUUGCCUACGCUUGUAGCCUCAUCUGCUGAAGUAGCUCGAGAGAUCAUGAAAACCCAUGAUUUAUCGUUCUCUAGUCGACCAAGUUUAACUAUCCCCAACAUAGUAUUGUAUGGUGGUAAUGACAUAGCGUUUUCGCCUUAUGGGGAAUACUGGAGACAGUUGAAAAGCAUCGUAGUGCUUCAUCUUCUAAGUAAUUCGCGAGUCAAGUCAUUCCGACAAGUGAGAGAAGAAGAGAUGGCUCAUAUGAUUAGCAUACUUGUAGAAAGUUGUGGUUCUUUGGUUAAUUUGAGUGAAUCGAUCAUUUCACUUACAAAUAACGUAAUUUGUAGAGCGGCCCUAGGAAGGACAUAUCGUGGAUCAAAGUUCACAGAGUUAUUGAGAAAGCUCAUGGAUUUGUUGGGUGUUAUUAGCGUUGGAAAUUAUAUUUCAUGGUUGUCGUGGGUGGAUCGACUAAUUGGUGUAGAGGGAAAAGCAAAAAAAACUGCUAAAGAAUUUGAUGAGUUUCUUAAGGGUGUUCUUGAAGAACAUAUAAAUAAGGAAAAAAUGGUGGAUGGUAAAAGUGAUGAAAGCAAAGAUUUAGUUGACAUCUUACUGGAAAUCCAAAGAGAAAAGACAACAGGCUUUACCCUUCAAAGAGAUAACCUUAAAGCUGUCAUAUUGGAUGUAUUCGGUGGUGGAGUCGAUACUACAUCCACAACUAUAGAGUGGGCAAUCAGUGAGCUAGUAAAACACCCAAGAGUAAUGAAAAAGCUGCAGCAAGAAGUGACAGAAAUAGCACAAGGAAGAUCAAUGAUUCCUGAGGAAGACCUGGAGAAGAUGGAGUAUCUUAAAGCCGUCAUAAAAGAGACCUUAAGGUUACAUGUUCCAGUACCACUUCUUGUUCCUCGAGAAUCAACACAAGAUGUCAAACUUAUGGGGUACGACAUUCCAGCCGGCACACAAGUGAUUAUCAAUGCUUGGGCAAUAGGAAGAGAUUCUACCUCAUGGGAAGAAGCAAUUGAGUUUAGGCCAGAGAGGUUUCUAAAGAAUUCCAUCGAUUAUAAAGGGUUUCAUUAUGAGUGGCUUCCAUUUGGUGCAGGUCGAAGAGGGUGCCCUGGUAUUCAAUUUGGUGUGGUUAUCGUCGAGCUUGCAUUAGCAAAUAUCGUAUACAAGUUUGAUUUGGCGUUGCCAAAUGGAGCCAAAAAUGAGGAUUUGGACAUGAGCGAGACAUAUGGCAUUGUACUCCAUAGGAAGUCCUCUUUAUUGGUCAACUUACAUGCUCGGUGA